CGAUCACGCCUCCUUUAUGGAUCACCACGUUCACUUGUUCACCAGAGUAAUCUCCAAUCUUCAAGUCUUCUUCUCUCCUCAGGACCUCAGCAAUCAAGAUCUUAAGACAGCAUUGGGGAAGCAAAGAAAAUAUGGAAAGAAAUCUCCUUUCAAUACUAAUGCGACGACGUUUGGCGGAGAGAAAUAGAGAUGCCAUUGAGUUGGCCGCGGUACAAAAAAUGGAAGUGAUAGGCAGUACAGAAGGCUAUACAUUUGAUGAUGGAUCCGACCAUGACGAUGUUACCAAGAUUUUUGUAGGAGGUGGUCGUCAAGGCAUUCAUUACAUAGAGUUUGAAUAUGUAAAAAAUGGGCAGCUGGAAUCAGGAGUACACUUGGGUGUUCGGUAUAGAGGUUUCACAGAGACGUUUGAGAUUAACCAUCUCAACAAUGAACAUCUUGAAUCUGUGGAGGGUUACUAUGACUACGGGUCGGGUUACAUUCAAGGACUUCAAUUCAAAACCAAUUUUAGGGUUUCCGAACUGAUAGGAUAUGACGAGGGUACUAAGUUUUCACUUUCAGUUAAGGGAAAGAGAAUCAUUGGGUUUCAUGGUUAUAUGAAGGAAAGAAAAAUCAUCUCUCUUGGAGGAUAUUUCUCUUGGAUUCAUCCUCGUAAAAUGGAAGCAAAAGGCAGCAAGGGAGGAAACCAGUGGGAUGAUGGAACCAAUAAUGAUGGUGUGACAAAGAUUCAUGUACGAGGUGGUGUUGAAGGAAUUCAAUACAUCAAGUUUGAUUAUGUCAGAAAAAGUGGACAACACAUUAAUGGAUCAAUCCAUGGUCUCUCGGGUAGCGGGUUCACACAAACGUUUGAGAUUGACCAUCUCAACAAUGAACAUCUGGUAUGUGUAGAAGGAUACUACGACGAUGAAUCUGGUGUUAUUCAAGCCCUUCAAUUCAAAACUAACAUCAAGACUUCAGAGCUUCUUGGGUAUAAAAAGGGUAAGAAAUUUUCACUUGUAGACAAGAGGAAAAAAAUCGUUGGCUUUCAUGGAUAUGCUGACAAGAAUCUCAACUCUCUGGGAGCAUAUUUCACAACGGUUUCUCCUACUAAAUCGGAAUGCUAUGGUAGUUCUAAAGGCAUAUAUUGGGAUGAUGGUGUGUUUGAUUUCAUAAGAACGGUGUACGUUAGUAGUAAUGUCAUGAACGUAAGGUAUAUUAAGUUUCAUUACUAUAACCGCGCAGUUGUAGUGCGUCAACACGGGUGGAAUAGUAUAGUAGAAGAAGACGGAGAAAAAGAGUUCGAGCUUGACUAUCCAAAUGAAUUGAUCACAUCUGUGGAGGGGACUAUGAAAAGCUUUAGUCGUAGCGAAAUAAGAAUUUCGUCAUUGACAUUUAAAACAUCAAAAGGGAGAACCUCUCCAACAAUUGGAAUCGCGUCUGGUACCAAAUUUCUGUUAGCAAGCAAAGGAUGUGCUGUGGUUGGGUUCUAUGGAAGACAUGAUGAUCGUGAUCUUGUUGCUAUUGGAGCAUAUUUUUCUCCAUUGCCUCCUCCUACUGCGGAGAAACUACAAGCACAAGGUGGUAAUCAAGGAGAUUCAUGGGACGAUGGUGUUUUCGAAGGUGUUAGAAAGUUGUACGUAGGACAAGGUAAAAAUUGUGUCGCAUUCCUUAAGGUUGUGUACGAUAGCAACACUCAGGUUGUUAUUGGAGAAGAUCAUGGAAACAAAACACUAUUUGAAGUCAAGGAGUACGAGCUUGAAUAUCCAAGUGAAUACAUUACAGCCGUGGAUGGUUGUUACAAUAAAGUAAAUGGAACUGAAGUCGAAGUUAUAACCAUGCUCAGGAUUCAAACGAACAAACGAACAUCUAUACCCGUUGGAUGUGAAUCUAACUCUAGCUUUGUACUUAAAAAAGAAGGUUACAAAAUUGUUGGAUUCCAUGGGAAAGCAAGUAACAUGAUUAAUCAGCUUGGAGUCCAUGUCGUGCCCUUGACUGAGUGAUCAACCUUAUUAUCUCCAAUGUUGUCUUAAUUCUCCAAUCUCACUUGUAUUAAGAAUCAUCCUCAGAACUAUUUGAAAAAUAAGGAGUGCAAAUGAUUACUGACUCUUUAUAUAUAAAAUAAGGAGUGCAAAUGAUUGGGAGGAGGUGCAAUGGUCUAACUAGAUGUGGAGGAGUAAGGGGAUAUAUCCACACUGGAAUAUAGAGAAAUUCACUCAAAGUUUUGUAAUUGACCAAUCUCCCUAUACAUACAAUACAAUUAUUUAAAAGAUUAUUAGGAGUUUCCUUUAAUAAAUUUUCUUGCAUUUUCAUUAUAAGUACUUUAUUUAGAAAUCCAACCGUAUUAAAAAAAACA